AUGGUUCUUUCUGGUGUUCUCGAACUCUUCCUCCUUCUCUUGAAUUCUCUUCUCGAUCUCGGAACGGAUCUGGGAAACCUCGACUUGAGCGCGGAGAACCUUGCUCUCUUCAGCUUCAAGGGCGGCCUCAGCCUCGUCCAAAGCGUGUUGGAGUUCCUCCUUCUCGAUUUCCAAACGGCGGAUGAUCUUCUGCAUCUCGUGAACCGAGCGUCCUCCUUCUCCGAGUUGGUCGGUGAGAUCCUUGAUUUCUUGGCUCAAGCUCUUGUUCUCACGACGGAGUCCCUCAACAACCUCAGCGAGUUCCUCUUGGGCGUUCUUGGCCUUGAAGAGGUCGGUGGAGGUGUUGCGGAGAUCACGUUGAGCUCCAUCGAGUUCAGCGGCCAAGUCGUCGGUCUUCUUUCUCCAUUCGUCGAUGAUCUUGUCGAAGCCCUUUUGCUUCUUCUCAAGAGUGGAGGCGACUCCGUUGGCUCUCUCGACAUCAACUUGAGCGUCAUCCAAAUCUCCAACAAGUCUGGAUUUGGUCUUCUCAAGGGAAGCGAUCUUGGAGUUGGCGGCAUCAAGAGCCUCUUGGAGCUCGUUGAUCUUUUGGGCUUGACGUCUCUUGGCAUCCUCGAGUUCAUCAGCCUUAAGGAGUCCUUCUCCCUCGAAGCGAGCCUUCCAUUGUUGGAUAUCGGCAUUGGCCUUGGAGAGUUGUCUGAGGAUCUCGUUCUUUCCUUCGAUCUCCUCUUCGAGAGACUCUUGAAGUUGCUCAGCUUCGUGUUGGUAGUUCUUGGCUUGAGCAGCAACGGUUUGACGUUCGCGUGCCUCCUCAUCGGCGGUACGGCGAGCCUCCUCGAGUUGAGAGGUGAGUUGAGACUUCAGUCUGGUGAGCUGGCUGACUUGAGAUUCGGCAUCCUCGAGUUGACGAACGAGGUCUCCGUUCUCGGUGUGAAGACGUCCCUUGAGAGAAGUGAAGUCUUGGAGUUGACGAGAUUGCUCAUCAGCCUUAGAUUGAAGCUCGGUGAGCUGGAGCUCGAAUUGCUUGGCGAGCUUCUCGUUGUUGAGCUUGGCAGAUGUUUCUUGGUCGAGUUGAGCAGCGAGAUCCUCAGCGUCAUGGACGGCUUGAGCCUUGUCCUUCUCAACCUUAGCCUUGGCCUUGUUGAGUUGGUCAAGUUGGUCGGUGAGUUCAGCGACGGCGUCAGUGUGCUUCUUGCGGAGUCCAGCGAGUUGGUUCUCGUGGUUCAUGUUGGCCUCUUCCAAAUCUCUGCGGAGCUUGGCGAGUUCAGCCUCACGCUUCUUGUUGACCUCAACCUGGGCGGCGGUGGCUCCUCCUUGCUCGUCGAGUUUUUCACCGAGCUCUUCCAACUCGCGUUGGAGAUCGGACUUGGCGCGGUCAGCCUUGGAGCACUCCUUCUUCUUCAAGUUGUUCUCCAAAUCGUGACGUUGACGUCCAGAUUCGUCGAUGUUCUCCUGAGCAAUCUUGAGCUCUCCCUCGACCUUUCUCUUCUGCUUGUCGAGAUCAGCACGAGCUCUCUUCUCACGCUCAAGGGAAUCCUCGAGGUCAUCAAGAGUUUGCUCAAGCUUGGCCUUGAUCUUGUUCUGGUGGUUACCCUUGUCCUCUUCGGAUUGGAGGUCCUCCAUGAGCUUGCGGUUGAUCUCCUCUUGGUGCUUCUUCUCCUUGUUGAGCUUGGCAAUAGCCUCAUCUUGUUGUUGCAUUUCGUCUUGGAGAGAUCUGAUCUGGUGGUCCUUGGAUUGCUUCUCGGACUCAGCCUUGCGGAGAGACAUCUCCAAAUCUUGGAUCUGCUUCUUCAAAGCCUCGACCUCGGCCUCAACCUUCUUCUUGGCGCGCUGAACAUCAGCGGUACGGUCUUCGUUAUCGGCGAGUUGGUCGUUGAGCUCGGCGAGCUGCUUGGAGGCGUCUUUUUGUUGAGACUCAAGCUUUGCAAGUCUCUCUUCGGCAUCGGAGAGUUGGGUCUUGGCGGAUUCCAAGUUGGUGAAGAGGGAAGUCUUCUCCUCGACGAGCUUGGCAGAGGACUCCUCCAAUUCCUUGCGGAGUUUCUCUUCCUUGGCCAAGGACUCCUCAAGAGCCUUAACCUUGUCGUUGAUUUUCUCGAGCUCCUCGGCUUCCUUUCCGGCCUUGAGCAUUGGCUUGACCUUUCCGUAAAGCUUGAACCAUUCCCAGGUACGGAGUGUGCACCAGGAGCGGACGUUGCGUUGGACGAUGAGAAGUCCGGCACGUUGCUCCAUACGACGCUUGCGUUCCUUGAGUCCCAAGUGCCAUCUGAUCUGGGAUUGGAAUCCAGUGAGGAUGGUGGAAAGUUUCUCGUCACGGAUGUCUUCGAGAUGAGCAAGAACUCCGGCCUUGAAGAAGACCUUGGUGAGACCGAUACGGAACAUUUCCUCGUUGAGGGAUCCGUCGUUGACGAGUUUGGACAUGAUGGCCUCAGCACACUUCUUCUUGUCGUCAUCGGACUUGGCCUCCUUGGCGGCAAGGAUAGCGUAACGCUGGACGAAGUCUGGAUGGAGGGUUCUGUUGGGGAAUCCCUUUCUGCAAAUUCUGAUUCCUUCCAACACUCCGUUGCAAGUAAGCUGGUUGAGAACCAAAGCGGCGUCGAUCAUUCCGCAUUGUUUCUUCUCGUUUGGAAUGAUGCAACGGAUGAAAUGUGGGUGAGUCUUGUUGAGCAUAGUCAUCAAGUUGUUGAGGGACUCUCUGUAGAGCAUAGAGACAGUCAUGAAAGAUCCAGACUUUCCCUUCUUCUUUCCACCGCCACCUCCUUCCUUGGCCUUAGCGGCAGCCUCUUCUUGAGUGGUGUAGUCUUGCCAGAUCUCGACAAGAAGGUCGUUGAGCUUGGAAGCCUUCAUGGCAGAGACAACGGUGUCGUUGAGUGGAUCCUUGUUCUUCUCAAGCCAGUUCAUGCAGUUGUAACGGACAGUUCCGGCGUAGUGCCGCAUGGCGAAGUGAGCUUCUCCUUGCUUUCCCUUUGGUGGCUUUGGCUUCUCGAAGUUUGGAUGCUUUCCAAGAUGUUGGUCGACAAGCUUGGAGGCAAGAGUCAAGUCAGUAGCCUUUGGUACGAUACACUCUUCAUCGAGCAUGGAGAUGAUACCGAGUGGCUGAAAGAUAAUAAAUACAAUAUGUUUUCAUUACUAUGA